UUAAAUUAACCUUACAAAUACAAUUUCUUUUUCUUCCCUUCUGCUCGGCCUCGCCAAAACAAGAACGAGAGCAGGGUGAAGUCAUUUUGCUUCCAUUUCCCUGUCGUCAACACUGCUACUCUUUUGUGAACUCUCAUUUCAGUCCAUCAAUGAUGAACAAGGCAUGGAGAAUAAUCCCAAGGCCCCUUCUCGAAACUGUCCUCAACAAUCACGCUCAACACCACCGUGUCCCUCAACCCCUUAUCCUCCACGGCCCUCGUGGCGUCGGCAAAACCACCCUCAUUCUCGAACGUCUUAUGGGUAAAUGGAACAGUGGCCCUCAUAUCACAGGCUAUGUGGACUUUGCAGAAUCUGUAAAAGAUCAUCACCCAAUUCAUGGCCAAUCAUUUCCAUGGGCUUCUUGGUCAAACUGCCCACCUCCUUCAUUGCCAUUUCUUACAACUCAACUGGAAAGCUGCCUUGAAUCAAUGGCUCAGAAGGGUAUUAAGCUUGGAACUAUAAGUUCUCAUCAGAUUUUUACUAUUUUAAGGAAAUGGCAUGGACUCAGUACAGCACUUAAACAGAUCCUAGAUGGUAGUAAUUCCAACACAAGAAAGGCUGUUUCAAUUAGGAAUAAUUCCGUGUUGAAUUUAUGGGAAAGGGCUGUUUUUGCAUCAAGUGUUCGAUUAAAUGCCGAAGAGAGUGGUGGGUUGAGUUUGGAGGAGGAGACAUAUUAUAAGGAAGCAAUGUCAGCUUUGAAUUUGGCUAAAGAGGUUAUUAGGGUGCAGCAAAAGUGGAGAGCUAAUGCAAUCAAGCAUUUGAAUCAGACUGGUGGGUUUUCAAGGUCGUUGGCCAAUUCAGCAACUGAUUGGCCCUGUUUGUUGUUGGAACUCCUUUCAUCUGCUGCUGAAAUAGAUUACUUUCAGCCGAAGCUGGUCAUAAACAAUAUUGAAGUUCUAAAGCAUGCAAUGUUGACGGAUGAUUCUACAGUCUGUGCAUCCAUGUAUCAUGAUAGUCUGAUAUGGAGAAUAAUAGCCUUGGGUGCAAAUGAGAGAUCUCUUCCAGUUAUUCUUAUAACAUCUGAUAGCUACUAUUCAUAUCGUGCCUAUAUGGAUUUUGGAUUUCCAGACAUUUUCAUCUCCCGUGAGACAUUUGGGUGGACUCCUGCAGAAGCUAAAAUGCAUAUGGUUGGGGACUAUUUUAGUCAGUCAGAGUGGAAUGUUAUUGUUGAGGUGCUAGGGCCGAAUCCAAGGCAUCUAUUUGAGAUUUAUGCACUCAAGCUAAGUAAUUACUACCAAAAGGUCAUGAGCGAGAAGAGCAGUAAAUUUGAGGAUAUUGUGGACGCGUACUUGGCAUAUCUUCAAGUGACAGUAGUUAAUCCUGCCAUGGAUAGAGCAUUGUCACUUCUACAGAAGUUUGCAGCUGAUGCACGAAAUGGAAGAAUUUUGAAGGACAAGCUAUGUUUUGGUGCUCCGUGGAGACACCCUCCGUCUUCUGAUGAUCCUACAUUGUGUCGUCAAUGGGCUAAAAUUCAACUUAUGGAUUUUGUUCAGUGUCUUGUGAAAGCAGAAUUUGGGGUAAACUACCUAGCUGAUUAUAGUCUUGAAAUUUUUGAUGAUCCAUCUGCUAAUGCAUUAUUAGAGGUCGGUUUACUGUAUUCACAACGGGAUCCAUCAUUCCUUCGUCCUGUUUCUCGGGGUAUCCAGAGAUGCCUUGUUAGAUGGCUUGUUCAAGAGAGAAUCCAACUGCACUUAAAGAAUUCACUCCAGUAUCUUUGGCAGCGAGUCAUACGUGGGCGCAGCUAUCGCCAUCUGAUGUUAGAAGUAGGAUACAAGUAGUUCAUCAAGAUUUCACUUCCUUAGAUUCUAGAAUCUUGCUGAGUCAAUGGCGUCUGAUAUGCAUUUUUGACAUGAUUUGCCUGCUCACUAAGAUAUUGACUAUGGUGAAUUAAUUACUGUUGGUCAAGCAUUUUGAUGGAUAUAUCUUUACCUAAGGUAAUGUGGGGUCAAGCUCUUGGUUUACAAUGAUGAAGAUGUCCAUUGAUUAUUAAAAGAAUUUGCACUGUGGGUUGGAGCUGUUACAAAUUUCGUAGGUGCAAUAUUGUUCUCAUUCAUCAUAUGUGAUCCUUUGAGCUCGUCCCAUUUUCGGUUGACUGUAGCAUCUCCACCAUAGAUUUGGAAUGGUGAAGAAUAAACCUAGAAACAUCCAGACUAAAGUACAAAGUCAAUUGUGUAUGCUUUACUUGUUGGAGCUCGUGGUCUCUCUUAACUACUUGGAAGUCGAUCUUUCGUUUAUUUCUUUAUUUUCUCCUCUCAAAUGGUAUGGAGGAUUUUAUUAUUUCAUUUUUGGGUGGUGCGGAAUGGAAGGGGAGAGAGACGGCUACCUUGAAGAUCAGCCUGCAGCACUUCACUACACGUGCAUCCAUGGAAAGUAUUCCCCGCUGAUUCAUGAACGGCUAUACAUCAAGACUCUGAACAUCCUUUCUCCAAUCCUGCGAGGCUUGUUUUUAUUUGGUGCUUCAAUAACCAAUAACUACACAUACACUCUAAGGAAGGACUGAAU